AUGAAGAUGGUGUCUGUGAUAGAAUGUGUGUGGAGACAAGCUCUGCAGACUUUUGCGAGAAGUCAUACUGUUCAAUCUUUCGAGGACCAUUUUGCUAGGUUAAGGGCACUAGCCGACUCAGUUUCGGCAAAUGAUGUUAAACUUGAUCGAUGCCUACUAGAAUGGACUUCAAACAGCAAUUCAUCGAAUCACGUUCGAAAACCGCCAGUGACUUAUAUCGAAAUAUAUGAGGAUCACGCUGUUACAAUUGGAAUUUUUGUAUUACGUUCUGGAAUGAGGAUUCCUUUGCAUGAUCAUCCUCAAAUGCAUGGUAUAUUGAAAGUGCUAACAGGAACUCUGAAGUUGCAAAGUUACAACAUAUUGCCUGCAGUAGAGCAAGAUACCCUGAGAAGAAGAACUGCAAUGGGAAGGAAUGCCAUAUUUGUGGAGAAGUUACCUGAAGUGUAUGUGAGUGAUUCAGAUCCUGCAUGUGUGCUCACUCCGGACGAAGGAAAUUUGCAUGAAAUUCAUAGUGUAGAUGGACCUGCGGCAUUUUUAGAUAUUUUAGCACCACCUUACGAUUCUUCAUUAUCUGAAAAUGAGGAACGAUCAUGCCAUUAUUUUCAAGAAAGAAAGUUGAAUGAAGACAGAACACUGCGAAAUAAAAAUAUUGUAGCAUUAUUUCGUAUAUCAAGCCCUUCAGAUUUUUGGAGUGAUUCUGCUCCAUACACAGGUCCAAUGUUGAGGUAA